UGAAGGUAUUUUUAGGGUUUUCUUCCUCCAUUUUCUGUUCCACCGUGCGUAUUCUUUUGUUGAUUGUUUGAUCAUUUCAUUUGUUGGAUGUCUAUUUAGGGUUCUUCUCCAGUCAUAAUGUUUAGGUUUUUAGUAUUGAUUGAGAGUGUUGAUGUCCUGUUGUCAACACUGUGUGCCGAUUAAUGGUUUGGACUGGGUUUAUGGGGUUUUCUAGGAUUCAUUUGGUGAAAUCCUGAACCAAAACUUCCUUUUUUAGGUUUCCUUGUUUUUUUUUGGGCAAAUUUUUGGGAUAUCCUGGAGCUACGUUCUAUGUUGAAAUCAGUAAUUUAAACCACUUUCUAGUGCUUAUUUCAACUUUUAUCGAUGGAUUCUAGUUCUAGUUAAGGUUCUCAUUAUCUUGUUUGUUGAAAUUCUCUUUAAUUUCCUCGUUUGAUGGCUGAUGCAUGUAAUAUGUUGUCAAAGUUGCAUUCUACUCUCUCAUUUUGCACACAGUCUGUGGAAGACACUUUCCAUCUCUGCAACACUAUCCAACCUCUUCGAAAGCCCAACUUUCCUCACAAUCUCUCACCAGCCCCCCUGACAAUACCUACUGAACGCCCCCAAACGACCACCAUUUCCCUCUCCAACACACACAAUCUCCAAAAACCCCUUAAGAAGCCCGUAUCUCUGUCUACCCAAGAUGCCCAUCUUCACCUUAGAGAGAAAGUUCUUUAUCUUGAAUCCAUAGGAGUCGAUACUGUGCGCUUAAUCUCUGAUUACCGUCCUAUAAGCUCUGCAUCUAUACUUGACAUGAAAUCGGUUGUUGGGUUCUUGGAAUCAAUAGGUAUUUUACUUUCUGACCUUGAUCGGAUCUUUGGCAUGUGCCCCGAGAUAUUAAUUUCAAGUGUUUCCAAAGACCUAUUACCUGUUAUCACAUUUCUAUUGAGAGAGGUGAAUGUAUUGGGCUCAAAUAUCAGAAAGGUCAUUAUAAGGCGUCCUAGACUGCUUGCUUGCAGUGUUGAGAAGCAACUUCGACCUACUCUUUAUUAUCUUCAGUCAAUUGGAAUUGAAGAGGUUCAUAAAUAUACAUCUCUCCUAUCAUGCAGUGUCGAACAAAAGUUUUUGCCGAGAAUACAGUACUUCCGGGAGGUUGGGUUUUCUCGUAAAGAUGUUGAGGUCAUGGUAAGGAGGUACCCCCAACUUUUUUGUUAUAGCAUAAAGGGCAAUUUCGAGCCAAAACUUCAUUAUUUUGUUGAGAAUAUGCGCCGUGAUUUGGAUGAAUUGAAGGAGUUUCCUCAAUACUUCUCCUUUAGCUUGGAAAACAGGAUAAAGCCGAGGCAUAUGUUGUUGUUGGAGAAUCAUAUAUAUCUUCCUCUUCCUGUUAUAUUGAAGCCAAAUGAUAGUCAAUUUCAUCGUAGAAUAGAGGUGUGCAUUGGUUCUAGUCAACCAUUGAAAGGCUCCCCUUUGUGGAGUAGUGGGUUCACUGAGAAUGUGGACAUUUCUCCCAAUUCAAUUGUAUGUAAGGAAAAUACUAAAAUGUUGCAAUGCGUUUGAUUAGUCAUUCAUCUAUCCAUUUUGUUAAUAUUGAUGCUUUUAAUUGAGGUGAUAUAUUUUGAGGACUA